CAACAAUGUCUGACGCCGAUUUAGAAGAAAUUCGACGCGCUCGUCUGCAACAAUUGCAGCAGCAAGGUGGGCAGGGUAGAGGCGGUGACGGCGGCCAAGGUUCAGAGCAAGAUGCACAAAGACAACGCGAAGAAUAGCUGACCAACGGUCCUCGAUACUCUCUCAAAUCCUGACUCCUGAGGCUGCCGAUCGCCUUGGUCGCAUCCGCCUAGUCAAAGAGUCUCGUGCCAACGACAUCGAGAAUCGUCUAAUCAUGCUUGCGCGUUCAGGUCAGCUUCGUCAGAAAGUGUCGGAAGACCAAUUGAAAGACUUGCUCGGCGCCGUAGCAGAACAGCAGGAGAAGGAAGAACAGAAGAUUGUUGUGAACAGAAGAGGUGGCGGCGGUUGGGAUGACGACGACGACUUGGAUGACCUACUCAAGGACGUCUAGACGAUGAUUUGAAUAAGGAAGGGCCUUCGUAGAGGGCCGCUUCGGAUUUCAGACCAAGUUGAAGUGCAUUGCGAGGGUAUUUGGGUGGCACCCAACUCAGAUGCCCAACUCCGCAAUGAGCCCCGACACAGCACGAAUCGAUUGAGUGCGCAAUUAGGAAGGCACUUGUACGGACCAUCCCUGCCUUACAAUGUCUGGGAGUUGAUAGGCUUUGAUAUAAUGCGUCGAAUGUGUACAUGUAUGUGUG